AUGAGGGAUUUCCCGACAUGUUUGGGUGAAAACGGUGUACAGGUCGGCAAUGGUUCGUGUUCCAGUGUUAAUAGAGUGUCUCAAAAUACAGUUAUAUGUGUAUAUACCUGCAAAUUGCUUGACCUUUCUUGUUUGAUAACCAUAACUUGGAGCAAGAAUUUGAUGGGUCAGUGUCAUAGUGUUGAGAUUUCUGAUUUGUCUGGUCAAUCUCUCUCCAAAUUCGUUUUAAAGCCGACCCUUUUCUCAAAAAGGAAAGGGUUUAAGAGCUUAGACAUAUUGAACUCAGUCAAAAUUGGUUUGUUUUGGGACUUAUCAUCAGCUCAUUUUGGAUCAGGGCCAGAACCACUUGAAGGGUUUUACUUGGCAUUGGUUUGUGACAACGAAAUGGUUCUGCUAAUUGGUGAUAUGAAGAAAGAAGCAUUCAGAAAGACAAGCUCAACACCUUCCAUCAAAAACGCAACUUUCAUUUCUAAAAGGGAACAUAUGUUUGGGAAACGAUUAUUUGGUACUAGGGUACAAUUUCACGACGACGGUCCUGUUCACGAACUCACGAUCGAGUGCGACACGGCCCACGAUUUCAGGUUAGUGGUCUCGCUGGAUUCUAAGAUCGCGAUGCUUGUGAAGCGUAUACAGUGGAAAUUCAGGGGGAAUCACACCAUUUGGGUUGACGGCGCCGCCGUGGAGGUGUUUUGGGACAUCCACAAUUGGCUCUUCGGUACUGCGUUCGGGGAUGCUGUCUUCGUAUUCCAAACGUCGACGCCGACGACGACGGAGAAGACGUUGGUGGGGAGACGGGCAUUCUCCGGCCCUUGUGUGCCGCAGUGGCCUGAUUGCUUUGAGGAUUCGAAAACAACAGGCCUGGGAUUCUCGCUCAUUUUGUGCGUUUGUAAACACGACUGA